AUGACGAAAUCCGUUGUGCGCCUGAUUCCGGUGUGGUUGACAUUCAUCCUAUGUGGCGUUGUAAAAGCCGUUGGAUUCACAUACUUCAUCGAGCAAUUAAAUCACAUGAACCCUAAAGUUGGGAGUCUCAAGGUUCCCCUCGUACUCAUUAUUUGGUACCACGAGCAAGCCAAACUAAAAUUUGCGCAAACAUGUGCGGUUUUGAUUACUUUUUUAGGUUUGAUCACCGGUUCGAAAAAGCUAGCUUCUUCAAUUGGGAUUGCGAUAUCGAUGAUACUCGCGAUACUUUGCUGCAUAACUGCCGCCGCAGUGGAGAGUCGAAGGCUCGGGGUGGUUCAAAGGCACGGUUUGGUCGAUAAGCACGAUGAAAGAGUGCCUAUGACUAUGUUCUGGUUGCUUCCGCAGUUUAUUUUGCUCGGGGCGUUUGAGGGGUUUUUAACCUCCGGGGCAAAUUUAUUCGUCGUUGACCUAUCAUGGAUGCAGAGGUUCCUUGAGCAACCAGAUGAGUUGACGGAGGAGCUCAUUGACCGAUCCCCUGCCUCGUUGCAGAGGUUCAUUGACCAACCACACAUCGUGAUGCAGAGGUACUUGGGGCUAUUCAAUAGUGGAAUCUCCGGUAUUGGGAUUCUCGGGAGCAUUUUGAUGGUGUUCGUUGUCGGGAAGAUAAGUGAAAACGGAGGGAAAAUGAAUUGGUUCAACAUGAUUUGA